GUUUCUUUCCGGCUUCCUCGCUGGUGUCGGCUCCGAGAGGGAUCGUGAAUCUCUUCCUCCCCAGCUUGGAUACCAAAAGAGAAGGAGUGGCAAAGGAUGUCAUGAUAUGACAGGUCGUGACUGGAAAACUGGAAUGCUCUGACUUGUCCGGACUCUAUAGAUCUCCAAUAGAGAAGUCUUGAAAAAAACUGACCAUUUCUUACAAUUCUAAAACCAUGGCCGAUCCCUCAUGGAGCAGAAAAUGUUCCUAUCCAGCUAGCUCUCCUGUCAUCUGGACCAGGUACACCACUCUUGGUCCUCAACCUAAUGGAUUUCACCUCCCCACCAACAAGUCAAUCACAUCCUACCAUGGGGACCAGGAAAUACCUCACCCACUUCUUACUAUAAAGCCAUCUCCCACAGCCCCUGAUUCUUCUGUUGCUGAGUUCACCCCUUUAUGGUUCUGCAUGAUGCGUGAUAUCCUCCUUCCAGUUAGUUCAGUGACGUUCAGGGAUGUGGCCAUAGACUUCUCACAGGAAGAAUGGGAAUUCCUGGACUCUGCUCAGAGGGACUUAUAUAGGGAUGUAAUGUGGGAGAACUAUAGCAACUUCAUUUCACUAGCAGGAUCUUCCAUUUCUAAAGCAGAUUUGAUUACCUCAUUGGAUGAAAAAGGGAAGGAACCUGGGAUGCUUGCAAGGGAAGGGGCAAGAAGAUACUGCCCAGAUUUGGAGUCCAGAUGUAGAACCAAUACUUUAUCUCCAGAAAAGGACAUUUAUGAAAUAUAUUCCUUCCAGUGGGAUAUAAUGGAAAGAAUUAAAAGCUAUAGCCUUGAGGGCUCAAUUUUUAGAAAUGAUUGGGAAUGCAAAAACAAGAUCGAGGGGCAAAAGGAACCACAAGAGGGAUAUUUGGGGGAAGUGAAAAUUACCUCUGAAAAAAUGGCCACUUACAAAAAGCACAAUUUUCUUACUGAAUAUCAGAUAGUUCAUAAUGGAGAAAAGUUAUAUGAAUGUAAGGAAUGUAGGAAAACCUUCAUUCGACGCUCAACUCUUAGUCAACACCUGAGAAUUCAUACUGGCGAGAAACCUUACAAAUGUAAGGAAUGUGGGCAGGCCUUUAGACAGCGUGCACAUCUUAUUCGACAUCACAAACUCCAUACUGGUGAGAAACCCUAUGAAUGUAAGGAAUGUGGGAAAGCCUUUACAGUGCUCCAAGAACUUACUCAACAUCAGAGACUUCAUACUGGUGAAAAACCCUAUGAAUGUAAGGAAUGUGGGAAGGCCUUUAGAGUACAUCAGCAACUGGCUCGGCAUCAGAGAAUUCACACUGGUGAAAAGCCCUAUGAAUGUAAGGAGUGUGGGAAGACAUUCAGACAGUGUACACACCUUACUCGACAUCAGAGACUUCAUACUUCUGAGAAGCUCUAUGAAUGUAAGGAAUGUGGGAAAGCCUUUGUAUGUGCUCCAGACCUUAGAGUACAUCAGAAAAUUCAUUUUGGUGAGAAACCUUAUGCAUGUAAGGAAUGUGGAAAGGCUUUUAGAAUAUGCCAACAACUUACCGUCCAUCAGAGUAUUCAUACUGGUGAGAAACCCUAUGGAUGUAAGGAAUGUGGGAAGACUUUUAGAUUAAGACAACAACUUGUUCGCCAUCAAAGAAUUCAUACUCGUGAGAAACCCUAUGAAUGUAUGGAAUGUUGGAAGACCUUUAGUAGUUACUCACAACUUAUUUCCCAUCAGAGCAUUCAUAUUGGUGAGAGACCCUAUGAAUGUGAAGAAUGUGGAAAGGCCUUUAGACUGCUCUCACAACUUACUCAACAUCAGAGUAUUCAUACUGGGGAGAAACCGUAUGAAUGUAAGGAAUGUAGAAAACCUUUUAGACUUCUCUCACAACUUACUCAGCACCAGAGUAUUCAUACUGGUGAGAAACCCUAUGAAUGUAAGGAAUGUGGUAAGGCUUUUAGACUUUACUCAUUUCUUACUCAACACCAGAGAAUUCAUACUGGUGAGAAACCUUACAAAUGUAAGGAAUGUAAGAAGGCCUUUAGACAACAUUCACACCUUACUCAACAUCAGAAGAUUCAUAAUGGAAUGUAAUACAAGAAAACUUUCAAAUGUGUAUUACAGAACAUUAGAAAAUUCAUCUUUGAGAAAAUUUGUUGCACGCUCAAAACUAAGCAUAAGAAAUUUUAUAUUAGAGACUACAUUGUUUUAGAAGCCAUGUAUCACCAUUUAAACACUUUAUUUUCAGCAAACUCUUAUGAAAGAAUAAUGUAAUGAAUGUAGUAAAAUCUUUAGCUUUAUUUAUUAUUAUCUCCAUUUUACUACUUUAUUACCAGUAUAUUAUUAGAUAAGAUACUUAAACUUUUGUGCCUCAUUUUGCUCACUUGUAAAGUGAUAUUAAUAGCACUUAUGCUUUAGUUAUUUAUUGCUAUAUAAUAAAUUACCACAAACUUAGUAUCUUAAAAGAAUAUACACUUAACAUCUUAAAAUUUGUAUGGAUCAAAGUUCAAGCAUGACUUAGUUGGGUCCUCUGCUUCAAGGUCUCUCACAAGGUUACAAAGUUUUGGCUAGGGCUGGGUCUCAUCUGAAGGCUCAAGUGGGGAAGCCUUUAGUAGGAUCUGCAUCCAAGCUAAUGUGGUUUUUUUACCAAACUUAUUUUCUUGAAGCCUAUUUCAUUGAGAUCCACAGUUUCUAACUGGCUGUUGGCUGAAGGCUGACUGUAGUUCCUUGUCACAGUGGUCUCAUCAGCUUGGCUAUUUGCUUUAUUAAAGCAUAUAAGCCAAGAAUGCAAAAGAAUCUGCUGACAAGAUGGAAUUUACAAUCUUGUGUAAACUAAUUAUGGAAAUAAUAUCCCAUAGCCUUUGCCAUUUUCUACUGGUUAGAAAUAAGUUACACUUAAGGGGAAUACACAGGAGUGUGAAUACCAGGAGGUAGGAUCAUUGGGGGGCCAAUUUAGAGUCAGCCUGCCACACUGUAUGAUAGGAUUGUCCUAGGGAGUGGGUAGGUAGUAAUUGAAGGGAUUAACAGUCUCAUAGCAUGUGUUCUGUAAAUACUGUCUGUAACCGUUGUUGUCAUGAUUAGUAUUAGUGAAUUCAUAUGGAAGAAUAUCCUAUAAAGUAAUAAAUGUAUAAAUGCCUCCUAUUACCUCUCAUAACUUAUUAAACAAACUAAUUCAUUCUAGGUAAAAUCUAGGUUAUAAUGAAUGAAAAAGUUUUUUAGCACUUGAGCUGUAUCAGAAAUUUCAUACCAAAAAGAAAGCCUAUGCAUGUCAUGAAUGUGCUGUUGUUAACAGUGUAAUUGUUGAAGAAUCAAGAGAAAAAUAUGCAGUGAUUUUCUCCUAAUUCCAAAAAGCAAAAGUCUUAUAAUCUCUAUUGUCUGACCACAUUUCAAGAUUAAUUAGAAUUUAUGAAAAAGAUGGCAUAAAAUAACCACAUAGGGCUUAAUAUUGUGUGUCUGUGUGCAUGUGUGUAUGUGUAAAACUCCUGUGUGAAAGAAAGAAAACUUUAUGCCAUUAUAGUCAAUAUGUGUUUUGAUGCUCAAAUUGUCCUAUUUUCAACCUGUAGGAGUUGUUUUUUAAGUUGGUUUUUUUUUUUUACAUGACCCCACCAAUAGUUUGAUAGAUUAUAUGAUUAUGGCCGUACAAUUUGGAAAGCUAUGGAAAAUGCUAGGGCACCAACUUGUCAUUCUUAAAAUCAAUAAAUAAGAGGAAAUUUAGCAUUUAUUUUCCUUUUCCCAUAUAAGCUAAAGUUAAGGUUCAUCAUCAAAAUUGAAUUUUUUUAAACUUAAGAAGUCCAGUAAAUACAGACAGAAUAAUAGAAAACUCAUCAUUUUUUAUACCCUAAUGGAAUAAUAGGUCCAGAAAACAAUCUUCAACAUAUACUAAAACUAGUAGGUGAAAGAUCUUAUAGUGAGAAUUUUAUGGUGGAUUUAUGAAGUGGACAUCUUCUAAGCCCUGUGAUCAGUUUAACCUCAAUAGAAAUGGGACUAUUAGACACUGUGCACCUCCUGACAUAAUGCAAUAGGAAGUACAUACCACUACCUAUCAAGCCUUAUUGCUGGAAUAAUGAAUUGAAGGAAUCAGAGGAAUAGAUGAAAAAAGUGCUGUCAUCCCUCAGUUUCUGUUGGGGAUUGGUUCCAAGACCGCCCCCCUCGCCCCCCAUUGAUAGCAAACUCCAUGAAUGCUCAAGUUUCUUAUAUGAAAUGGUAGAGUAUCUAUUUACAUAUAACUAUGCACAUCCUCCUGUAUACUUUAAAUCAUCUCGAGAUUUGUAAAUAGUUGUACUGUAUUUUUUUAUUUGUAUUUUUUGGAGUGUUUUCAAUUUGCAGUUGGUUGAAUUUGCAGAUACCGAAGGCCAACUGUAGAUGGUACCACAAGGAAGAGGCCAAUCAGAUCCAGAGUGUGUAAAAUUCUACAGAACAAAUGACUAGUGUUCUUCAACUAAUGAGUGGCAUGAGAAAGAGAAGAGGAAGGACAACCAUUAUCAGAUUACAAAAGACUUGCGAGACCUAUGAACUAAACUCAGUAUGUAGGCAUUAUGUGGACCUGGUUUGAACAAAACAUAAGACAUUUUGGAGAUGGGAAUUGUAGAUAGAGAUUGACUAUUAAAUAUCAUUUGGAAAUAUUGUGUUAGGGGUGAUAAUGGCAGUGUGUUUAUAAAAAAUAAAAACAUUUUAUGGGUUAGGCAUACACACAUAUGAAAUGAUAAGGUGUAUUAGAUUUGCAUUAAAAUAUUCUGGCAAAAGAAGAAUUGGCAAAGAGGACUAGAAACUAGAUACGUAAAAAUGUCAAUAAUUAUUGAAGUGGAGUGAUUUGUUUAUAGGAGUUCCUGUUCUAAUAUUUCUACUUGUGUAUGUGUUUGAAAUUUCAGUAAUAAAACAUUUAAAAUCAAAACUAAAA